AUGGCAUUUUUGUUAAUUUUCUUUAGACAAAUUAACUUUGAUGAUAUCAAUGUUGGGGGACAAAUGUGGUUCGACCAAAAACUUGAUCAUUUCUCUAACCUUGACGAAACAUUUAAGCAAAAAUAUUACAUUAACACAAAUUAUUCUAAAAAAUCAGAGAAUUUAGUUGUGUACAUAGGUGGAGAGGCUCCACUCUCUGAAUCUUCAAUUAAACAUGGAGUUUUACAUAUUGCAAAUCAAUCUAAAUCUGUGAUUUUGGCAUUAGAACAUAGAUACUUCGGAGAUUCAAUACCACAUGGAAAUUUGGAAUUAGAGAACCUAAAGUACUUAACCGUUGACCAAGCAAUUGAAGAUUUAGCCAAUUUUAUUUCUCAAAUGAAGCAAAUAUAUUGCCAAGAUCCAUUAAAAUGA